UCUCUCUCUCCUCUAUUCUCUAUGGACUGUUGAAGCUCGUUCCGUUCUUCUUGGAGCUUCAUCUCCGGCGAUUCGAGCUCCUCGAUCUCCCGAAGCGAUUCACCGCGAACAGGAAAAUGAGGCACCGGCUUUUCACCAUCGCCUCGCGGAGUCGUGGCAGAAAGCAGCCGUCCCCGCUCGCCUCGCGCUUGUUUUCGCGGCUUAGCUCGCAAUCGGAUCGGCCUUCGUUUGGCAUCGCCUUCGACAUCGACGGCGUGGUCCUCCUCGGUCACACUCCCGUCCGCGGUUCUCCCCGCGCGCUGAGGAGAUUGUACGACGAUUCUGCUAAAGCUUUCGCCAUCGCUUGCUGAUAUACCUGCGAGGCUUGUCUCAUGCUGGCGAUCGUGCUGUUUCAUCUGUCUUCCAAUGUUCUACGUUGCGAACUGAUUGCUACCGAAAUUUCUGAUGGACAGUAAAGGGCGGCGGAUAUCGAGAUUCGUAUCUGGAGGUGGCUUUUCUGAAUCCAAAAGAGCCCAGGGCUUAGGUCAACUACUAGGAGUCAACAUUCUACCUUCACAGGUCAUACAGGGCCACACACCUUUUAAACAACUGGUAAAUAGAUUCGAGAACGAACUUGUCGUUGCUGUUGGCAAAGGAGAACCUGCUGCUGUGAUGUCCGAAUAUGGAUACAAAAAUGUCCUGUCAAUUGAUGAGUACACUAGCUACUUUGAUGCUAUUGAUCCACUGGCACCAUACAAGAGAUGGACAACUAAGCCAGACAUCGACCAGAGUACCACUUCCAAUGAGAUGGUGAAGAGAAAAAUUGCUGUACAAACACAGAGAGUUCAGGCAGCAUUUGUAGUCAGUGAUUCUGUUGAUUGGAGCAGAGAUAUUCAGGUGCUCUGUGACAUAUUGAGAACUGGAGGGCUUCCUGGAAAGGAGACUGGAAAGCAACCGCACCUGUUUUUUGCAAAUGAUGACCUAGAAUACCAGGCUACUUUUCCUGCUGAACGUCUGGGUAUGGGAGCUUUCAGGAUUGCAUUAGAAGCAAUCUAUAACAGAAUACAUCCCAUUCCUCUGGCAUAUACAUUAUACGGGAAGCCAAAUUCAUUUGUCUAUGGAAAUGCUGAGACAAUGUUAAGGAAUCUUAUGCCAUCUUUGUUAAGCAACCUAGAUGUGGAGAAUACUACAAACUCUGGAAUUGGUUGUUUCAAAACCCUAUACAUGAUAGGAGAUAAUCCAAAAAUCGACGUUAGAGGUGCACGGCAGGCAGGAGAUCCUUGGUUUUCUAUAUUAACAAGGACUGGGGUAUUCAAGGGAAAAAAUAAUCAUUCAGAGUUCCCUGCUGACUUGGUGGGUAUUUGUACUCUUAACAAAAUUUACACAUCUCUGUCUCUCUCACUCUUCCUCGUAUGUAUGUUGGGGUGAGUUGAUGGUAGGUUCCUACGUAUGCAAGUCGUGUUCAUUCCAGCAUGUUCACUUCUUUGGUUUAGAGAUUUUAUAUCUGUGUUCCUAGUGGAAAGUCAUGGUUGAGAAUGCAGAUCUUA